AUGGUUUCUUCAACACGUUCAUUGGGCGCUGGAUCGCUGAUGCUCGCUCUAUUAGCUUCCCCCGUGGCAGCUACAAGUUACUCCCUGGUGGAGACUUGGCAGGGAAAGAAUUUCCUGGAUUAUUUCAAUUUCCACGUUGGCUCGGACCCGACCAACGGCUUUGUGAACUAUCUCGACAAAGAGACUGCCGAAAGUACAGGCCUUGUCAAGGUCACUGAUUCUGGCAGUGUGUAUCUUGGUGUCGAUUAUGCUACCAAGCUGGACCCCAAAGGCAAAAAGGGCCGUGAUUCGGUACGGAUUGGCAGCAAAAAAUACUACGACCAGUCUCUCGUCAUCGCCGACAUCGCCCACAUGCCUGGUAGCGUCUGCGGUACCUGGCCUGCCUUCUGGUCUGUCGGAAAGAACUGGCCAGGAGAUGGCGAGAUUGAUAUAAUCGAAGGUGUCAACAUGCAGGACUACAACAAAAUUGUCAUGCAUACAGCCGGCACUUGCAGUUUGACAGAUACGGAUAUGACUGGGUCGGUCAACGCUACAGGUUGUGGUGAGGAUCUAGGCACCGUCGGCUGUGUGAUCGAGGGUCACCAGGGCAGCUAUGGCACACCUUUCAACAAGAAAAACGGUGGUGUGUAUACGCUGCAGUGGACCGACGAAUCUCUCAAAAUUUGGUACUUCCCCCGAAGCUCGAUCCCGGCCUCGAUUACCAGCGGCAAGCCCGAUGUAACAGAAUUUGGUACUCCGAUGGCUGUGGUGCAAGAAUCGUGCGACGUUGCCAACGCUUUCAAGGCCCAGUCAUUUGUAUUUGAUACCACUUUCUGCGGCGACUGGGCAGGAAAUGUGUAUGGUGAUUCUGGUUGCCCCAUGACCGGCGGCGAUUCUGUCCAGAGCUGCCACAACUACGUCGCCAAUAACCCGACCCAGUUUGCAGAGUCAUACUGGGAGAUCAACUCGGUCAAGAUCUAUCAGACCGGCGUGAAGGGAAUUGCCUCAGCCCCGUCAUCCGAGCCCAAACCGGAUACAACUGCCGCUGCCCCUGUGGUGUCUCACACGACUGCCGAGACACACGCUACUCAUACCGCUACUCUCGCGACACAUGCUACUGAUACCGCUACUGCUGUGCACUCAACUGCUUCCACGGAAGACGAAACCGCCGGAGCAAUUCAGGAGUUGACUCCUACAUCUGUUCCUACUGCUGCAGCUACUGCCGAAAGCCCUGCCACUGAAGAAGUCGAACACCCUGCCACCAGCAAGAAGACUCGUACUAUCACCUCUAUCGUCACUGCGACUGAGACCGUUUGCCCUGAGGAUGAGAAAUCUUCCGCUAUUGCCGCCCACUCUGUAGCAACAACUGCACCCGCUCCGGUUGUGCAAUCUGUCCAAAUCUCAGCCAACGGCCAAGAUACCGAGGCAACGACCCCUGCGGCAGGUGCGGACCCUCUUUCCAAUCACGCAUCCGUCGCAUCUGGUCAGAGCCAUGCUGGCUACAUUUCCGCCACCAGCCAGAGCUUCGGUGCUUCAUGGGCGAAGCCUUCUGCGCCCCCCUCUGCCUUUGUCUCAUCCGUUCCAUAUGAGGCCUCCAACGCUCCGGCCCCUGCCCCUACCGAUGUCCCUCCAUCUGCUACAUCGGGCUCCUAUAACCCAAGCGGCUCUCAAUCUAGUUUCGGUCCUGUCUUCACCGGCGCCGCCGACCGGCUGUCUAUAAGCAUGUCGGCUCUCCUCUCUUGGCUCAUUGUUGCCUUUUUGGCUUAA